CUUUAUGUCGAUGCAAGAUGGCGAUGACCAUGCCCCCGACUGGAUAACCAUGUUAAGACUCACGUGAGACUCCUGAAGUUAUUACCAGAAAAGAUUGGCUGUAACUUGAAAUUUUGUUAACUAAUAAAUUAAUCGGUAUGUUUUUCCGAAAAUUUAUUGACAUAUUUGCUUUUUGUAAUAAUCCUAUAUUUUUCUACGGCUUAAGAAUUUAUCAAAAAAUCGACGAUUAUAUGGAUCAUUGUUACAUUUUCUGAUCCAUAUUGUUUAACAAUUGAGUAUUUUAAGUAAAAAUACAUACGUUUUGAUAUAAAAUUUCAAUGGAUCUGGUUAAAAGAUAAGGGUUCGAAAAAUACACGGUCAGAAUGAAUAUACGUUUUUAAAAAUAGGCUGAGUUUAACCCUGUGAACAAUCAUUGACAGGCACGUUUGAUGCAACUUGCAACAAAUGAAUAACCGAUUAUCUCAGCAAGCGUCAACUAAAUAACCUUUGCUUUAAGCAACCGGAGUACGCAUUGUUUUUGCCCAAUAUAAUACACUAUAUCAAUUAACUUUCUAAAUCUUUGUAACAAUAGAUAGCGUGAUUUUGAUUGACUUUUAAAACAUCUUUUUACAGAAUCUGUGAUAACCGAGUAAAAAAUGACUGAAGAAGAAUGCGAAUAUGAAUCACUGCCAACAACAAAUAUUGUCGCCCAUAUGGUGGCUGGAGCAGGCGCUGGUGCAAUGGAACAUUGCAUCAUGUACCCAAUAGACUGUGUUAAAACAAGAAUGCAAAGCCUGGUUCCAGAUCCGAAAGCUAGUUAUAAAAAUGUUGCUGAUGCUCUUUAUACUAUUAUAAAACAAGAGGGAAUCGGGCGAACUGUUCGAGGAAUAAAUGCAGUUUUCUUUGGUGCAAUUCCUGCACAUGCGAUGUACUUUGCUGCUUACGAGCAAAUCAAAUUGGUACUUACGGAAAGAAUGUCAAAGCAAUACCAUUCAGUCGCUCAUGGCUUGGCAGGAUGUUCAGCUACAAUAUUUCACGAUGCAGUAAUGAAUCCUGCGGAUGUUAUAAAACAGAGAAUGCAGAUGUAUCAAUCACCCUAUUCAACAUGUUCGGAGUGUGGUAAACGCGUAUUGAUGGAGGAAGGACCACAUGCUUUUUAUAGAUCAUACAUGACUCAACUGACAAUGAACAUACCGUUUCAUGCUAUUCACUUCAUGGUUUAUGAAAAAGCUCAAGAUAUGAUCAAUCCGGACCGAAAGUAUUCACCAAUAACACAUAUUGCCUCUGGAGGCGCUGCUGGAGCUAUAGCAGCAGCAGUAACUACCCCAUUGGACGUUUGUAAAACCCUUCUCAAUACCCAAGAACGAUGCGCCUAUCAGAACGAUGGUACUAUCAGCGGACUUCGUCAAGCUUCGUCUCUCAUAUAUAAAUUUGGUGGGCUACAGGGAUUCUUUAGAGGCUUAACAGCUCGUGUUAUAUACCAAAUACCAGCUACAGCAAUAUCAUGGAGUGUUUAUGAGACGUUCAAGUUUAUUUUGGCAACAAAAAAGUCAGCUAGAGCCUCCCCUAUUCUAGCCGCAAACGAAAGUUCAGGGAUAAGGUAAAAGAGACUGAUUUGAAAAGACGUUAGCUUGAAAAUAUCCUUAGGCAAUUUAUUUCAAUGCUUAAAGCCAUACACGAAUUUUGCCAAACUGGAAUAGGACUAUAAGUAUAAAAAAUAUAAUAACUACUAUCCUCAUAAGUGUUUGUACACGUAUUGGAAUAAAAAAUAUUUUCGCUUUCAAAGAUAAAGAAGACAUAAAAAUUAAAAAUGAAUCGAGUUCUGAAACAGGAGUAUUUUUGUAAAAAUGUUGAGCGCGAAUUUCAUGUCCAAUUUUACUAAGCCGAUUGGCUACAGCUGAAACUUUCGCAGCCUGUAAUAAAAAAGAUAUAAUAAAAAUAUAUUCGUAUUAAAUCCUCAAACCAUUAUAAAAGGCGGAACAGCACCAGAAAACCAAACUAUAACAUUUAAGAACGCCACAAGUUUCUGCACAUGUCCUAAUUUGGUGUCUCCAAACAAAACUAACAUACUGGUAACUCCCAUUAGUAAAAAAUUAAGCAAAACCAACGAUAAGGCUAAUGCUGUUUUUUCAUUAAUUGUCCGCAAAAUAUUCGUUACUUCAUUUGCUUCCUUCUCGAGUGGAAUUCAUUAAGCAUGAUUUAGGUUUAAUAUUUACACUGUACAAACCUUUAAAGCAUUUGUCAUUUGUAACGUUCCCUUUCUAAGUCUUUCCUAUGAUUGAUAAAAGUUAUUGAACGAAGUUAAAUAAUUUAAAGCUUCUAACCAUGAUAGCGUCAAUAAAUUCCAGCUAUAAAACUUAAAACCAAUA